AUGAAAAAGAUUACCAUAGGUUUAUUCGUUAUACUGGGACUAUUAGUGGGUGCUGGCUUAGGCGUCCUCAUCUGGUGGCUAAUUCCCAAUGAAAACGUUUAUGAAACUAUUCUUUUAGAAGGCGGUAUAGGUGAUGUUAAAUCAACCGCAGCCUUCACAAGAAUUCAUGGACAUGGUGAUAUGUUUUGGUGGUUCUACCCGACCCUCGCGGAUUCACCAACACGCCGCCCUGUUAUUUUAUGGCUACAUGGAAUAACUGAGACACCAUCGAGCUUUCUUGCCAACUUUGGCAUGUUUGGCCCCUAUGACAAAAACUUAAACAGAAGGAGCGAUUCGUGGGUUAAUGAGUACAACUUAUUAUUCGUCGAUGCACCUUUAGGGACGGGUUUUAGUACAAGUAACAUACCACAGAACAGUUCAACAGCAGAGUUCCCGGGCGUGGACCAAAAUGCUGAGUAUUUGUUCAGAACACUACAGUCAUUUUACGAUGUACACGAAGAAUAUAGAUUUGCACCGCUUUAUAUUUGUAGCCAGGGAGACGGAUCACAACUUGCUCUUGCUUUGACUCUUAAAAUAGUUUCCGAGGAAGUAAUCUGGACAAGUGUUAGAGGUAUCAUUUUAGGUAGUCCUGUUAUUUCGCCAGCUUUAGCUCUUACAAAGUUAGGGUUUUAUUUAAACCAGCUUGGCUACGUCGACAGUAAGGGGAAAGCAACUAUCGAGAGUUUCUCUGAGCAAACAAACUCAUUGGUUCAAUCAGAGGCGUUUCAAGAAGCUUUCGAUCAGUUUACCUCGCUCGGAAAUUUUGUUAAUGAAAAAACUGGGGCCGUAGCUGUUAAUUUAGCUCACAUUGUUGAAAAAUUAACUCGUGAUUCUUCUAAUCGAGAUUAUUUCGGAGAAAAAGCUUACCUUGGAAGUGUAUUUCACUCUCACAUAAACUAUUUUAUGGACACUGUAGUGGCGCCUGCUCUAGGCAUCUCGGAAACCGUUAAGUAUGAUAGCCAGCGAGAGGCAGUGGUGCGAGCUUUUGGAAGCUCAUAUAUGAAACCUAUUGUAGAUAAAGUGGAACACAUUCUUAAAAACACAAACUUGGAAGUCAAUAUUUACAAUGGCAACCUAGAUGCUGUGUCUAACACUCCCGGUCAAUUAGAAUGGGUUAACCAACUAUCAUGGUCAGGACAGGCAGAGUUUUUAAAUACCUCAAGAACAACCAUAGCUGUUAAUCGACUAAUUGAAGGCUACUCCCGAGAGUCGAGAAGGCUCCGAUUUUACUGGAUAAACGUCGCCGGACAAUUGGUUCCACUCGACAACCCCGUUGGAAUAAGAAGAGUUCUCAGUAGGAUAACUAAUAGAUAG